AUGUCGUCGUCGUCGUCGUCGUCGUCGUUAUCAUCAUCGACGGAUGAAGAUAUAUUUCAGGAUGUUUUGCCGAAAUUAAUGUCCACUAUUCGAGCUGCAAGUGCACUAGGAGCACAAGAUGUAAACUUUCUCAAAUCAGUAGAUGCUGAUAUUGGUGCUGAGAUAGAUACGCGAGGUGUUGAAAUGCUAUCAGUUGUCAAUGGUCUUCUUAGAUGUGCGUCGUCACAAAUAAACCAGAUUGAGCCUCUAGAAUUUGGUAAGGAAAAUAUCACCAGUGACUCUUCAUGGAAGCCUAUCGGCAAUAUCAUUGACUCAAUAUUUGAAAAAAUUGACUAUACAUUUGACCAAGUGAGUAGACGUCGAACCAAUGAUGGUGGCGAUGGUGAAGGUAGCUCUCAAAAACAAUAUUUAGAAGAAGGUAUCAGUAUCAGCCACUUGACGAAAGAUGGAAAGAAUGCUAGGGUACCGAAACCUCAGAAAUACUUUAAAGUAGCCGUGGAUAACUCUGAAGAGAAACCGUUUAAGCCUAAACUUACCACUAAACCUAAUUCGCUACAAACAUUGGAGGCGGUGAGCAAACUUGUGAGCCCAGCCCCUGUUUAUGAGGAUUCCGUUGAGCUUGUUGACCCGCCAUAUUAUCCUCAUCCAUAUGAAUAUGAAAUCGAUAACCAUCCGUACCCAGCAUCUAUACUUGAGAAAGCCGAACCUAUUCCCCCUACAGAAUGGACAAAAACAUCGGCAAUUUGGGUAGAUACUGUAGAGGAGUUGGACAAAAUGAUUGAAGAGUUGAAAAAUCUGGAAGCAAUUGCCGUCGAUUUGGAACACCAUGACUAUCGGUCGUACUAUGGAUUGGUUUGCUUGAUGCAAAUAUCCAACCGUGAAAAAGAUUGGAUUAUUGAUACGUUGAAAUUGAGGGAUGACUUGUCAAGCUUGAAUCUUAUUUUCACAAACCAUGAGAUUGUUAAAGUUUUUCAUGGUGCAUUCAUGGACAUCAUAUGGCUUCAAAGAGAUUUGGGAUUGUAUAUUGUAUCAUUAUUUGACACUUAUCAUGCUUCUAGACAACUAGGUUUUACAAAAUUUUCAUUACAAUAUUUGUUAGAUACGUUUGCUCAUUUUAGAACGUCAAAGAAAUACCAAUUGGCAGAUUGGAGAAUCAGACCAUUACCGCAACCUAUGUUGGCAUAUGCUAGAUCUGAUACUCACUUUUUGUUGUACAUUUAUGAUCAGCUUCGCAACAAAUUGAUUGAUGAAGAAAAAUUACCACGCGUUUUACACGAAUCGAGGCAAGUGGCAAAAAGAAGGUUUGAAUAUACCAAGUUUCGACCUCUUUCAAACAAUUUGACAAAUAAAGUAUCAUGUCCGGUCAUGGCCUCAAACCCAAAAGAACCUUGGCGCUCGAUAAUGUAUCAGUACAAUGUGCCAGCUUACAAAAAACAUAUUGUCGAACUUCUUUAUAAUUGGAGGGACUUGAAGGCAAGAGAAGAGGAUGAGUCUGUACGAUAUAUUAUGCCAAAUCAAUUGUUGGUAUCUUUGGCAAUGUUGGAGUCACCAGUGGACACAAGUAAAAUUCUCAAUGUUCCCACCUAUAUCUCGGAACACGUGAGGUUGCACGCAAGGGAAAUUGCACACUUGAUUGAGCAGUGUUUGAAAGAGAGUGAACAGAGUGAUUGGGAGAUGGUGGACAAGUGGCAUGUUGAUGUGAGCGACCAGAGUCCUGAGUUGUUGUUGAAUGUUGCCAAAGUAAAUGAUGUGUUUGAAGCUUUGCUUUUAAAAAUGGAAACCACUGCUGCUGAGAAUCCUUCAUUGUUGGGUAAAAAGUCUACCGUCUUUUGUAGCGAUAAUACUCAAGAGGGUUUUCCAACAUCUGUAUUCGAAGUUACCUCUGCCGGUGUUGUCAAACAUGACUUUAGAGAAGCACGUGCAGAACGACAGGAAAAAGUGUGGAACACGUUGGCAAAUUUCAAUCCUCAGAGGUCUGUUGUAGUAGAGGACAUUGAUACAAGCGACCACCACGAUCAUCAAUUGGAAGAGACUGCUUUAGAGAGAGGCGUUGGUUCUGAAACUGAACCAAAAAAGCCCUUGUCAGGCCAACAAAUUCUUUUCAAUAAAGACAAGAAUAUUGAUUCUGACCAGAUAGUCACCCUUCGGAAUAAUAGUAGAACCAGUACCAGUGGUAGUAGUGGUAGUAGUGGUAGUAGUAGUGGCAUCAAAAGACGUUUGGAGAAAUUUGAUUUAAAAGUUCAACAGCAGGAUGAAUCACCGGUGGAUUACGUUAAUGCGGAUAAAAUACUUAUAGAUACGGACAAGAAAAAGGAUAAGAAUAAGAAGAAGAGGUCUUUUGACCCAUACUCCAAAGAUGCGGAAGGUCCUAAGGCGGCAAAGAAAAAUAAGACAAUGACUACAGGAAGAACUUCAACAUAUAAAGUAAAAAAGAAUAAAUAG